GAGAUUUCCCUGUAGACGAGUAAAAAGCGUGAUGGACAAACGUGCGGGCACUAAGACCGCAAGGCAUUCUUUUCCUCCUACCGUGGUUGCGGACGCUGGGAGGAGAACCCCUGAGCCAGGAGCUGGGAGCCGAGGCGCAGAGAACACGUAGCGACUCCGAAGAUCAGCCCCAAUGAACAUGUCAGUGUUGACUUUACAAGAAUAUGAAUUCGAAAAGCAGUUCAACGGGAAUGAAGCCAUCCAAUGGAUGCAGGAAAACUGGAAGAAAUCUUUCCUGUUUUCUGCGCUGUACGCUGCCUUUAUAUUUGGUGGUCGGCAUCUGAUGAACAAGAGAGCGAAGUUCGAACUGCGGAAGCCGCUCGUGCUCUGGUCACUGACUCUUGCAGUCUUCAGUAUAUUCGGUGCUCUUCGAACUGGUGCUUACAUGGUGUACAUUCUGAUGACCAAAGGCCUCAAGCAGUCAGUUUGUGACCAGAGUUUUUACAAUGGACCUGUCAGCAAAUUCUGGGCUUACGCGUUUGUGCUCAGCAAAGCACCUGAACUAGGAGAUACGAUAUUCAUCAUCCUGAGGAAACAGAAACUCAUCUUCCUACACUGGUACCACCAUAUCACUGUGCUGCUGUACUCUUGGUACUCCUACAAAGACAUGGUGGCCGGGGGUGGUUGGUUCAUGACGAUGAACUAUAGUGUGCAUGCCAUCAUGUACUCUUACUACGCCUUGCGGGCUGCAGGCUUCCGCGUCUCCCGGAAGUUCGCCAUGUUCAUCACCCUCUCCCAGAUCACUCAGAUGCUGAUGGGCUGUGUCGUUAACUACCUGGUCUUCACCUGGAUGCAGCACGAAAACGGCCAAUGUCACUCCCACUUUCAGAACAUCUUCUGGUCCUCCCUCAUGUACCUCAGCUACCUUGUGCUCUUCUGCCAUUUCUUCUUCGAGGCCUACAUCGGCAAAAUGAAGAAAACAGCGAAGGCUGAAUAGUGUCUGGACUGAGGAGGAAGACAUAGCUCAGGGUCAUCACGAAAAAUACUAGACAAAAGAUAAAUGGCACAAGGAAUCACACAUGGUGCAGCUAAAAACAAAAUAUACGUAUGAGCAGACACAAAACCCGAGGCAGCUUGGGAGUCAUGAUUAGUUUGACUUAACGCAGUAAGUUUAUGAUCCUUUUUGGGUGAGGACUCACUGAGCGCAUCUCCAUCUCAGUACGGCUGCUGAGGGACCCUUUCCCUCUCUCCUGUCAACUCUAGGCCACACUUGAUCCAAAGGGAGCCACAGGCAGAGGGAUUAGUGGAAAGCAAGCAAAACACUAUAGGAAGAGGGGAAAAAUCAAGUUCAGAGUUAUUUUUCUCUAAAGACAAAGAAGUUCCCCCUUCCAAACUAUGUGAGCACACACACACACACACACAGAGAGACACAAUUCCUUUCCAUCUUUUCUACACGAAACCAGAGCUGGUAGAAAUGAUAAACAUGGAAGAGACACAGGGUUUAUAUCUAGAACAGCAAUGCUUUUGCAAAAAUCAAGGCCUUUUAAAGGAAGGUUAGCUCGUAGCCCCUUGACAAAAGAUGUCUUAAUUAUUUUUACUGCAGCUGAAAUUAAGAAGAUAGAUAUGGUUCACUUCACUGCACAGCCUCAGGCUACUGAGUUUGCUACAACCAAACAGAAGUCAAUACUUCCUCACGAUACUGUAUUUCUGGGAGGAUGGGAACCACGCAGCCCACAUCCCAAGAAGGUGGUCCCACAGCAGACCCUGCGGUUGAAGCGUCUCCUUGACAAAUGUUACUUCUGCUCUUCGGCGAGAUAUGAAGCAUCCUUGGUUCAGUUGCUCCAGACUUUAGGACAGAAGAGUAAAUGCAGAAUUGAAAAGAUAGAAGCUCAGCCAGUUGACUUGAAAAUGGGAUUUUGUGCUAUCUGCAACAAAACUCAGCCAGUUGCCACUGAGCCGGGAAAGGGGAAAGGACAAUGGGAAGAGACUGGAGCUGAAGAUUCAUCCAGGAGACUGAUAGUAUAUGUGCUUCUCCUCCUUGUUUGGCUUCAUGCGUACUCCUGGCUUUCCACAUGAGGCCCCAUGACACAGUCCAUGUUUUCUAUAUUUUUGUGACUUUCAGAAACAGAUCUCGGGGCUCUGCCUGAUUUGGGGUAAACACUGUGUUUCUGCAUCCUCUGCCUUUGCUCCCUAAGCAGUGCGGAGGCGGAGUGCCCUCUGCUGGCCGAGUGAGAAACUCCAACAAACACACUUAAUACAGGCUGAAAUAACAGGCAGACCACCAAGGGCCUGCGUAGAUUAAUCCCUAAGUUUUAAGUGCUGUCAAAUGCCCCUCAUACAUUUGACCAAAUCAGAACAGAGCCUCACUGCUUCAAGUAAGCGCCACUAAAUUCUAAAGUGACUUUCACUUGGAAACUCGGAAAGUAAAUGUAUUAAGAGCCAUAUUCUUGGAAGGAAGGAAGGAAGGAAGGAAGGAA